AUGACGUCAUUUUAGGAAUUCCGUAUUCAAGGUCACCGUAGAUGGACAGAGCUUUGUUGCAGUCGGAAGACGUUUGUCAUUAUUUCAAGACUAUUUGUCUAUAUUCCUAUUCAUCGGCGGAAGCACUAACUUAAUCUGAUACCUGGGUGUUGUCACAGUGUCACAAUGUCACAGGCUAAAGCUAGAAGAACAAGCCCAAGUAGAGUAAAAGAGAAGAUUGGACAGCAUAAACCACCAACAAACAAUGGACAUCAGUUGAUGAACAUCAACUUACUGUGGUGUGAGGACUGUGGAGAGGCAAAGAAAGGGGACUGUACCACACAUGAGAUGCUGAAUAGAACAAAAGACAGAUUCAUUCCAUCAUAUGCCAGAUUGACAACACCCUAUUCUGUAAAAAUCAAAACUUUGGAGAUCACAGGCGUUAAUAGGAAAGUUGAAGGUGUGUUUGCCAGAAGGGUUAUCCAAACGAGAACUCAGUUUGGUCCACAUGAAGGCCAGAAAGUCCAUACCCCACCUGCCCUGUCACAUAACAGACUCUUCAUAAAGAUCUUCUCAGCAAAGAACAUCUUCACAUAUUUAGACAACACUGAUGAAACAAAAUGUAACUGGAUGAUGUUUGUGCGCCCAGCUACAUGCUUUACUGAACAAAAUAUGGUUGCCUAUCAAUACAAAGAGCAUGUCUAUUUCACAACUACGCGGCCUAUUGCUCCAGAAGAGGAACUAAAAAUCUGGUAUGCAGGGAACUAUGCCCCACUUAUGGGGGCAACACUUUUGAAUGCAAGGACUCCUGACACUAAAAUGUCCUCAGCUGAGGAGCUUUCUGCAACAAAAUGUGACAGGGUUGAAGCUGCUGAGAAUGAGAAUGAUAAACAGAAACCUGCUCAUGGUAUUCCUGAUCCAGUUUCUAAAGGUCCACAAGAGUUGACUGAGAAAGCAACUGAGGUUGUCACUCAAGAUACCGAUGAUAAUGCAUCUUCUAGUAAAGACCAUUCUUACUCCCAAGCACAUAGUGUUAAAAAGUCUAAGAUUAAGAGGAAGAAACAGGAGAAGAAAGAAGCUGCAGAUAACUGGGUGUGCUCAGCCUGCUAUAAAUAUUUCACUGAAUUUGAACAUUUAGAAAAACAUAAAUGUUGCAUUAAACGAUUGAAAAAAUCAACAAGGACUAAAUUGACUUGGAAACGACCCCUCGUAUUGAAUUCAAAUAUAGAUAUCUCUGACAUUGAACUUGUGAUAGACUUGGAUCCCCCAGAACCAGCUACUACAAAAGCAGUAGCAAGCUCUCAAAAAAACUCAUCCUCGAAAUCAAAAGUUCAAAAGAAAACUCCAGUGAAGGUGAAAUCUAAGCCUAUUCCUAAAGACACUGAACUCAUGAAAUGUCAAUUCUGUGGAAAAGCAUUUCAGGGAAAGACAAACUAUGAUGAACAUAUAAUGACUCACACUGGAAGAAAACCAUAUAAGUGUUUGUUCACAAACUGCAGUAAAACAUUUAUUAAUCGCUAUAAACAGCAGAGACAUCUUUUGACACAUGGAGCUGUGAGACCAUUCUCAUGUAUUUACUGUGAUAAAUCAUUCACGCGAAAAGACCACUUAAAGGGUCAUAUGAGGACACACGAACCUGAUAGGUGCUCUCAAAAGUGCCAUCUAUGUGAUAAGGAGUACACUGGAGAUUUUACAUUCAGAGCCCAUAUGGCAAUACAUUAUGCAGAAGCGGGAGAAUUAACAUGUAGCAUUUGCAAAAAGGACUUCGAAUCAAAAGAGAAACUUUUGUUCCAUAUCAAUGUCCAUAAAGGAGCACGAUCUACAAAAGGAAUCAUGGACAAGAAACAAAAAUGUCCAGAAUGUGAUAAACGGUUCUUCACUUUAAAGGAUGUUCGUCGACAUAUGAUUGUUCACACAAAAGAAAGAGAUUUCAUAUGUGAGAUUUGCUCAGGGAGGUUUGGUAGGAAAGACCAUCUUGUGCGACACUUAGCGAAAUACCAUGCAAGCUCCAGAGUUGGGACUAUAGUCAAGACUGACUCUGUGCAGGAGCCAUUGAUUACAGUACCCCUGUUACGUGAUGAAAAACAAGUGCAAGAAGCAGUAGCAUCUGGAGCUCUGGCCACUGCUAUAUCUAAAGUAAUGCAUAACCAAAAGCAGAUAGGCUCUGUAGGGGCCUUGCAGAAUGUGAACUAUAUUCCUGUGCCCCAGGGUCAGGAUCUUCAAGGAUUGGCUGUUACAAUAAGUAGCAGUUCAGCUUCAGUCACUCCAACUGUUACUUACUCUGUGCUUACUCAGCAGCUUACCUCACCAAGUUACACAGCCCCUGGGACAAGCCCUACCCCAACAGUCAGUCUAUUUGAGCACAACUACAACCGCCAUAGUUCACUUGCCAAACUUACAGACACCGCUGUAGAGAUCAAACCACUUGGAACUACAGAGCACAAUUAUAGCUCAAGAAUUGAUUUUGAUAAUGUGGAAGGUGAAGCAGUGAAGGAUGGUAUGCCAGAUUCUAGUAUGAGCACUGUUUACAUGGAUGUGCUGAAGGCACUUGGUAACAUGGCCAGUGUUAGACAUAAUCCAAUGCUAUCUUCUGCUGCAGUAGGGAGUCAUGUGCCAGAGCCAUCAUCUCCAUCCCUUACUGGAAACACAUUGCCAAACUUUGGACAGGCCUUCCAUAAUUAGCAAUUCUGAACACCCCAUUGCAUAGUGGGCUGUUUUUGGUGGAAAUUUACGUAUCUAAAAGAAUAGUUAUAUAUACAUUCACAAUCCAAUCAAUGAAUUUAUCGUAAAUGUGCAAAUGAGUAAUUAAUUUGUAAUAGGGAUACCAUAUUCUCUCUAAUGAGUGCACAGUAUGGUAAGAUAUUAAGAUUCCAGUAAACACACAUGCAAAAUAAAGAAGAAAA